ACAUAAGGCGGGUCCGGGCCGGGCGGGGGCGGUGCCCGGGUUCGAGUCCCGUGUCCGCCCGCUCCGUUCGGCUCCGCUCCGCCGAGCCCCCGCGGCCGCGGAGAUGGGCGACAUGGAGUCCUACAAGGUGAUGUUGAACGGGCCGGCACCCUGGGGCUUCAGGCUGCAGGGAGGGAAGGAUUUCAGCAUGCCACUCUCCGUCUCCAGGCUGACUCCAGGUGGGAAGGCGGCUCAGGCUGGCAUGGGAGUGGGCGACUGGGUGCUGUACAUCGACGGGGAGAGCACCAGUGCCAUGACACACAUUGAGGCCCAGAACAGGAUCCGUGCCUGUGGGGACAGGCUCUGCCUCACCCUGAGCAGAGCCCAGAACCAGCUGGGGAAGCCGCAGAAGGUGCUGAGCCUUGACAAGCAGCCCCCUCAGCUGCUGGAGCCCCCCAGCAGCCCCGUGUGCGACCCUGUGAAGCUGCGGAUGUUAGAGGACAUCGAUGACUCGCAGCCCCACAGCUGGACCUCCCAGUCCCGCUCCUUCCGCAAACUGGCCCGGCUGGUGGGCGCAGACAGCAUGGAGGAUGGUGAGGAUGAGCUUGUUAAAAAGCCCAGGGAUGCCCAUGGGUCCAGCUGGGGCACAGUGGAGCAGUGGCAGCCCCCUCAGCUGCUGGAGCCCCCCAGAAGCCCCGGGUGUGAUCCUGGGAAGCUGCGGAUGUUGGAGGACGCUGAGGACUGGCAGCCCCGCACCGGGACCUCCCAGUCC